CCAACGCCGCCGGGCCUUUGGGCGGAGCGAGCUUGUGCCGCCGCCCGGCCUUGUCACUUGGGCAGUAGUCGCCCUCCUUUGCCGCCGGGAGAAGCGCGUUGAGGAGCUGCGGGCGCGAGCCUACGGGAGGGACCCGCGACCCAAGUGUCAGCUAGCGUGAAUGGAUAUUGAGGCUGCCUGUGCAACCCUAGAGGGAUGGUUGGCUAUGACCCAGAUUCCGAGUGUGCGUCUCUUUCAACCGUGGACAUAGCAACAGCAGGAUCUGCAUCUGGGUUUGUCACUCGGGCAAUGAUCAGCCCCUUUGACGUCCUAAAGAUCCGUUUUCAGCUUCAGAUAGAGACACUUUCUGCCAGAAACCCCCAGGCUAAGUAUCAUGGCAUCUGGCAGGCUACUUGCAAGAUGUUCCAGGAAGAAGGGCUACCAGCUUUCUGGAAAGGCCAUGUCCCUGCUCAGCUCCUCUCAGUUACCUAUGGAGCUGUCCAGUUUGUAAGCUUUGAGCUUCUGACGAAGUUGGUGCACCAGGGCACAUCUUAUGAUGCCAGAGGCUUCACCGUGCACUUUCUCUGCGGUGGACUGUCUGCUUGUGCUGCCACCGUGGCAGUUCAGCCCCUGGACACACUGCGUACCCGCUUGGCUGCCCAAGGUGAGCCAAAGAUUUACAGGAACCUCCGCCAUGCUGUAGCAUGUGUGUACCAGCAAGAAGGGCUGUUGAGUUUUUAUAAGGGGCUCAACCCUACCCUCAUUGCCAUUGUCCCCUAUGCUGGCUUCCAGUUUUCCUUCUAUAGUCUCCUGAAGAAACUGUAUGACUGGAUCGUUCCAAGUGAAGAAAUGAAAACAGGUAAUAUUAAAAACUUCGUCUGUGGCAGCUGUGCUGGCGCCCUCAGCAAAACCCUCACUUACCCUUUUGACCUGUUCAAGAAAAGACUGCAGGUAUCUGGCUUUGAGCAAGCCCGGGCAGCAUUUGGGCAGGUGCGGACAUACAGUGGCUUAGUGGACUGUGCCCAACAGAUUGCACGGGAUGAAGGAGCCAAAGGAUUCUUCAAGGGCCUCUCCCCAAGCUUGCUGAAGGCUGCCUUUGCAACGGGCUUCACCUUUUUCUGGUAUGAGAUCUUCUGCGGUUUCCUGCGCACCGUGAAGUACCCCAAUGGCCCCAAAAAGCAGGAAGGCUGAUAUGAGAGAGCUCCUGUCUGUGGAAACUGAAACAUUAAUCUGUCAGCCACACUGUCAUAUGUGGGGAGCGGGUGGGGGUGUGGAAUGUGGAUUGUGGGAGGUGUUUGCAGAGUGGCAAUGUUUGUCUCUUUGCCAAAGCCCAGAAAGCACCUUACUACUAUGUUUGGCCCAAAUGAAAGGAGAUUGCCGUCUGCAGCUUCUAUCAAGGACAUCGCGGGCCUGUCUUUUCUCCCUGGAGCACUUCCUGUCAUGCCUCUCAUGAGCACUUCUUGUCUUGCCUUCUAUGGAACAGGCAUUAACACCGGGAGGAAGUUAACAGAUAUUGCUAUUGAGGCCCUCCCAUCUUAGCUAAGUUCAAUGGAGAAUGUUCUUUACCCACUGGCAAACCUCUCUCUGCUUCCCCCCCCCCAUCUUCUCAUGACUCGGGCUGCUCUAACCGCUUUGAAUCAAACCCUGACUUGACCUGCUCACAUCCCCCUUAACUCUCCCGGGACACAGUUGCCAGCCCGGCUUCUCCAACCUUGACAUUUUGUGGUAUUUACCUCAAACCGAAGCCAUGGUAAGCCUUGCUUACAGGCAUUUGCUUCAUGGCGCAGCUGCCUGUUAGACAGCUGGCUGCACUGGUGGUUCAGAAUAGGCAGCAGAACUGCCGGGGUGUGUGUGUGUGUGCUGCUGCUCCAUUAGGACCAAUGAGACUCUGCUCCACAAACUUCAGCUUACCCUCAGUGGCACUGCCUGUCAGCUUCCUCCUCUUUGUAGGGAGGAUAGUGGGGAAUUAACUAGAACUAGCUGGCUCUUCCUCUCAUUGGUUCUGGCUCCACCUGCUGGUCUGUCAGUCCCAAUGGGCACCAGCCCACACUGAAAUGUGCCGCAGCUUAUCAUCAGUCCUUGUUUGUCCUUGCCUCUGUGGGUGGACUUAGAGGGCAUUAUAGUGUUUUAUCAACGAUGGAACAAAUUCUAAGAUAAAUAAAAAGGCAGUGGGGUCCAAACAAAGGGAGGCCUGCAGAAGAAUGGGUAAGCAUCCGCUCCCUUCCUGUCUUCUGUGCCAGUUCUAUUGGUGCUUGUGUGUCCCAUAUAAGCACAUUUUUAUCACCUGCCCAAAAUUGCUAAUGUGGCCAGUAUAAUUUUGCAAUAGGCCCACAAAGAAGGUGCCAACAUUUUCCUUUUUUAUAGUCUUGACUUCUGCACUCCUACCUUAAUGCACACGGACUGAACUGAAAACUGGGGGGAGUUGCCUUCUGAACGUAGCCCAAGUCUUUUAGUUUUGAAUACUAAUGAAGAAAAUGCCUCGUGAUACUGAUACUUAAUCAAUAUUUUGAUAACUGCUCCAAAAUAAGUUUAUCCCCUGGCAGAUCAUCUCAGGCACAGGUUUUCAGCACAAGUGAAAUAGCUACUUAUCUGCAAUAAACUGACUCCAGUAUAAUAUUUAGCAAACAAAGAGCUAAACUAAACUGUACCAUUUGUCCAACUGAAUUUGCCCAGUCUUCUAAAUGAAGAAACCUGCAAGGAAAACCAGUCUGCAAACAUGUCUGUGCAAUGCUAUACAUGCAAACUUGGAAGUAGGUCCCUCUAAGUUUAAUUAGAUUUAAAUGUGUUUAGGAUUGCAGCCUUCAGGUAUGUCCAUUGUAUUGGUGUGCUGAAGAUUGGAUUAUUCUUAUACCGAGUUCUUAAAGGAAAGACUCCACUUGCUCAUCCAUCUGUAGUUUUAUUGGUCUGCUCGCAGUUGUGCUGUACUCUUCAUUAAAUAUAGAGUAGCAUUUUGGCAUAUAGAGUAGUUUUAAAGAUCUGUUCUAACAAACUGGGUGUACUCGUGCCAAUUCAUUUUGCUUGCUGGAGAAGAAGGCAGUUUUCCUAAUUUCAGUGUGGUAAUAAGCUGGAAAAAAAUAGGCACCUUUCUGUAACAAGACACAGUAUCAGAUGGCUAACCUGUACGUCACAACUCUCAUCGCCCCUAGUUAUCAGCUCUGCCGGCUGGUAAAGUGGAACAUGCACUACAGCAGGGGUCCCCAGACUUACCGAGCGGCGGGCCGGUGCCCGCCGCGCCGACCGCGCGGUGGGCCGGACUGCAGGGGAGUGCGCGCGCAGCGGGCCGGAGGGCGGGGGAGUGCGCGCCCGUGCGCAUGCGCACACGCACACGGGCGGAAAAAAAUCGGCGAAAAUCGCUUGUGCGCAUGCGUAUGGGCCUCCCCCGACCCGGAAGUGCACCAGAAAUGACCUCUUCCGGGUCGGGAGAGGCCCGUACGCAUGCGCACAAAGGAUUUUCGGCAAUUUUUUGCCGAUUUUUCAGAUCGCCGCUGCGCCGCGCGCCGUGAGAGCGGGCGGCGGCAGCGGGCGGCGGGGGUCGUCGCGGGCCGGAUUGGAAGGCCGAUUGGGCCGCAUCCGGCCCGGGGGCCGUAGUUUGGGGACCCUGCACUACAGCAUGUCUCAGCAGUUUGGGGAACGGAGAGAGAAAUGUCUCUGCAGCCUUACAAAUCAAGGAGCUGUCUGGGCUGGGAUCCAAUGAAAACCACCCAGCUCUUGCAUCAGACAGAGUUCCCACCCUAUGCUCUCCUCCCACAGUGUGGGCGCCACUGUGUGGGCCACACCCAUUCAGCCACACCACUGACUUGGAGAGGACAGUGGGUGGAGAUGUGCUCAUGUUUCCAUCUGUUGCUGCACAAGACAGAUGUGGGACGUCUCAUAUUAAACAGAUUCGUAUACCAUCUUCAGAGCUAAGGGGUUUUAUUUCAGAGGCCAUGGGAUCAUUUGUGCUGGAUCAGUAAAGCCAUAGCCAUAUCACUCAGGAGCAGAAAAAUCAUUCUGGUCACUUUCUACUUUUUUGCCUGUUAUUAGAAAGGAUUCUUCCUCAUACACAUUUUGGAACAGUCCGUGCUCCGUUUCCUGUGUAUUGCUGGAAGAGAAUUUGACUGUACAAACCCUUGAGUUACAUAUACCAAGUGAAGGUGUGAAGGUGCAUUUGCAGAGGAGCAUCAGAGGCAGACGGUGGGAGAUGCCUAACUGGAAAUCAGGCAGGCAGGAAGAGAUAUGGCCCCAUGAAAAUGAAUUGGUUGUGGGAAACUGAAGCCACCACCAGCACUUACUCACUGGUUGUCACAUGCAGUUGCCCCCGCAACCCCAUAUGUUGCCUUAUCAACAUGAAUGCAGCAAUGUAUAGUUUUGUCCUCAGUGUGGCAUUGGAUGUAAGUGAAGAAGCCAGCCAAAAUUGCAGUUGUUUUUGCCUUUAGAAGGUAGUAUUUCUUGUAAUGUUAAGGGGAACUUGCGCGUUCAGAUCCACAGGCUCCUGAAUAUGGCAACAAUAUGCACAUCCCCACUUUCUGUGCUCAGAUUGUGCCUGUCACUCUGCAUUAGAGGUUUUCACAACUGACCACAGAGCGCUUUUUCUGUAAUAUCCAAAGUUACUCUCAUUUAUAGUUCUGAUGUGGCAAAAGCAACCCAGUGUGUAUCUCUAGGGUUUAUGAAUAGGAUGGUUCUACCUUGACGUAAUCCUGCUGCUCAUCUUCCAAACCUCUUUUGACUAUGUAGGCUAAUUUUAAUCUUGUGCCUUAUCCCACCAUCAUGUCAAUAUGCACUUUACAAAGCUAAGCCUUGAAGUCCAGUGGUUUACUGAGCGUCAUAGAUAGCAUCAGGAGCUCAGCACUCCCUCCCCCUCAAACGGGGGUGGGGGGUGGGGAGGCGUUGAAAGUGGUGACAUGAGCACCUGUACUGUUGAGAACUCCACUGAAGUAUCCAAUGCAUUCAAGGCCCUAUACUGAUUUCUAGUAGAGGAUAUGAUAUUGAGCUGCAAGUCUAGGAUUGAUCUCAAGAUGCUUGCAGAAAGCACUUUCUUUGUGUAUACAGAUGCACAAAAACAAAUGUUUCAGGAUCAAUUAUUGAGGACUUUUAGAGGGGUUUUUUCCAACUCAUGUUGUUGCAUCAAGGCUUAAUUUAUUAUAGCAUUUGUAUUAUUCAUAUAUAAGCAUAUAUUUUUUUCAAUGUGGAGGGCUAAGGAUUUGCAUAAGCCUCAGAUUUUCACCCUGUGUGAAACAUGUGCUGCUCUUGGAAGAAAGAUAAUAAAUAUAUUUGACAUAAAUCUGUCCAGCUACUUUUUGUGUGUGACGCCUAUCAAUCAUGGCCUGGUCUUAAAAAUUCUGGUGGAGAAGCACCUUGCAAGCAUUUUUUCCCUUCUUCUGCACACAAGCAGUGACCUGGGAAGGACUGGGCCACAGGUGUUCUGAAGGUGAAACCAGACGUAUACACAGAAGGGUCUCUUGCAAGUAGCAUAAUCAAUAUGUGCUGUGCUUUGGGAAUCUCUUGCUAAAUACAGGGGGUGGGAUUCAACUAAUUAGCCCCACUAUUGGAAGCCUGUGCAAGGACUUACACUAGUGCUGCAGGGCUCCCCCCGCCCCGAAAUUGGCCCUGGCCUGUGGCUGAGACCCCAGAACAGCAUGAGGGGCGAAGAGGAGGGAGGUUGUCAUUCUGACUGGCAGACUGAAAAGCUUGUGCUGACAGAUUGAUUGCCAAAGCACUGCACCAAAUUCCUCCCAUAAUGUGUAUGAUAUGAAGUUUUUUGGCAGUUCAGAAUUAGGAUGUAGAUUGAACACUGACCAAAAAAACAGCCUGGUCUGCUUCUGGUCUUUAAUAGCAGCUUGAUGCAGAAAUCAGCAGAUGAAACUCUUCACAGCAUUGAGACAAAUGAUCUCACUAAGCUCUGCACAUCAGGCUGCUGUUAAAAGCACACACAGAAGCAGGGAAUGGUUGGAAAGUUGGCACCUCCAAACAGAGAUGAAAACAAUAGCACUAGCUGGCUGUUAAUUACGGUAGCUGGAUUCCAGUGGAAAUGGAACAUAGCCUGUAUAUCAUGUGCCAAUAUUUGAUUCACUUCAAAGUUCACAGCUGAAUUCACAAGAGGGUGCUGUUGUCACACAAGAAGGAGCAGCACUAUGCUCAUUUUGUCUUGCAAAGCUGUGGUAUCUUAAUUAGAUCAGCAUAAGCUGGGUUAGUCCAAGAGGCAUGAAGGACUGUUAAAACAACAGAUGGCUGACCUAAUUGGUGCAGACAAUACUACUGGGUGAUUUAUCCCACGCAUCAAAAAGUAGGCCUAAGUACUGUCCAGGAAGGCAGGAUUAAUGCUGUUUUCAUGUCAAGUGUUUUGCUCCUGGGAAGGGUGUCAAUGGAAUUAAGCUGGGAGUGUUCUAAACAGAAUGCUGUCUAUUAGAGGUAAGGUGACUAAUGCAUUGGAUGGAUGUGGCUAAGGGAUGGAGGACCCUGCCUUCUUUGGCAAUGUACACCCCAAGGAAUCAAAGUAAGUACCUGCUGCUGAAGUUAAGGUUGGGGUAAAAUGCUGCUGUUUCACAAAGGUAAGUGUGAGCAUACCCUCUUUCAACUGUUUUAUCCAUUUUGAGCAGGGAUGGGGAAUAUUCCCAAUGUUAUUGGGUUCUAACUCCUAUAAUCCCAGCCAGCAUGACCGAUAAUUGGGGAGUUGUUAGUCUAACAGCAUGGGAGGAUCGAGCACCACAGAUUCUCCACCCCCGAUUCUAAGCAUAAGAAGCUUCCUUGUGUUGGGUCACAGUAUUAGUCUAUGUGGCCUAGGAGUGGCAGGGAUCAUUUCCAUACCCUAGCUGUAACCUGCUGCACAUGCUGUUCCACUGUGCUACUGCUAUAUCCACCCUACCCUUCUCCAGUAUUUCCAUCAUUGUCUCUGGAUAUAGGAAAUUUGAUGUCCAGUUACAAGGGGCCUUAUCUUGUGUAUGCAUUACUGCUUACUCUUGUGUGCUCCCACCAUAGGUGUUCGAAACCGAGUACACAUUACGUUACACACAAUCCGUAGGUAUUCUGUAGUUUCCUGAGAAAUAAUCCUCUUUCAUGCGCUUUCCCUCAAAGCAGCUUCCAUCAUAUUUGAAAAUGGAAGGCAUGGUUAAGCUGAGGUGUGUACCUUUGGGACAGCAGUUGCACAUGCACAGAUGACAGAAUAGGAGUUCGGUGCAGGGAAACAAUCAGACCAGGACCUGGGGGAGAUCAUGGUUCAAAUCUCUACUCAUUCAUAAAGUUCACUGGGUAACUGUGGGUCAGUCACAGCCUCUCAGCCUAACCUAUCUCACAGGGUUGUUGUGGGGAUUAAAUGGAGGGGGGGAGAACCAUGUACACCACCUUAUGCUCCUUGGAGAAAAGGUAGGAUAUGAAUUCAAUAAAUGAAUAAAUAAUGCUCACUGAUAGAUUGUCAUACCUACAUUAGCUCAGCUGUGAUUCCUGCAUCGCAGUGGAGUAGAUCGGAUGACUCUUCAGGUCCCAACUCUAAAAUUCUAUGAUUAACUAUGUGAUCAGCGAAAUAUGCCCAGUAACACCACACUUUUGGAAUUGAUCUGUCAAUAUUGCUUUGCGCCCUGGAUGCAGAGGGAAUAGGACUGCACUCGCUGGUCCUGUACCCCAUGCUAAUGUUCCCAGCAGUCAUCCCUCUUUAGCAGUCGCACAAGCAUCAUUCAUAUGAACGGGCCUUGUGCUUGCACUGCUGUAGAUACACAUCUAUAGUGGGUCUCCUGAGCAAUCCUAUAACCCAGAGGUUUCCAACCUUUUUGAGUCCACGGCUCCCUUGACCAACUACAUUCUUUCUGAGGCACCCCUGUGGGGCUCAAGAGCCCAGUUAUGCCUCCCCUUGCGGGCAGAGCCGGCAGCCCCUCACCCCUUUUCAAACACCCUCCCUCGCAGAGUCUUCCUUCAGCCUCCUCUCCUCUCCCCUCUCCUUGGGAGUCCUCUUGGCAGCCGCCCCUGGUCUCUGAGCUACCCCACCCCAGUGAGAGGUUCCUCCUUAUGCCGCCCCGAGGGGUCUGAGAAGAGGAUGCCCAACAGAGACUGGCUGAAGGUGGUGAACAUGAGGCCACCAUCUUACCUGCCUUGGAAGGCAACAGGCACCAUUGGGCCUGCAUGGCAGAAAGGCUCCCCUUCGGAGCACUUGGCUCCCAGUCAGGGCUUGCACACAGCAAGCACAAGAAAGGCCUGCCUGCCUGGCCUCCCACUUGUCUGUCCAUUCCCAACAGCAAGGGCUGGCAAACUGGGUGGCUGGGCUGCCUCACCCACUUGCUUGCUUGCUCUGAGGCCGCCUCAGUUCCUGGUAACCAGCACCCCCUGGCCAGCCCCAGAGGCACCAUUCGCCUGGGGAGCUUGUAGCCAGGGCUGCUGCAACAAACAGCUGUGCAAGCCUUUGGGAGGCAGAGACACGAGAGGGUAUCAGAGGAGGGAGGGAAGGAAAGAGGGACAGAGGCCAGUGUUGCCCUGUGGCCCUCCUGACCAUCAUUCAACAGCACACUGCUCGAAAACCACUGCUUUAACUUUUCUAGUUAAAUCCUAAUGCUUGACUAUUGGGGGUGUGGCCAUUAGGCCCACUUGCAUUUUGGGGUGUGCCUGCCUAGCAGCUGCAACCUUCCCCAAGUUAUUAGGAUAUUUUCUAUAUCCAGACAAGAUCUGCUUCCUUGCAUUUCUGCUCAUCCAUUCAAGUCCUGGCAGAAAGCCUGUAUAAAGCCUAGACUGGAGCACCUAUAAUUAAGCAGAACCGACCAUAGGCAAACAUC